UACAACUUUUUGUUACUAAGGGCAUUGUAAACAUCCGGUUUUUGGGAGCGACGCAUCACAACAGGUAAACAUGGAGGCAAAGUUGCUGUCAUCCAGGGAUCCAUACCCUUUUCCAAAAUUACAGAAUGAUCAAAAUUUUUAUGGAUCAGGAACAAGUCAGAAAUACCCAUAUAAUGAACCAACUCAUUUAGCACAAAAACAAGAUCCCUGGAAUAGACUCAAUACAAAAUGUACCCUGGCAUCAUCUAGGAGAGAAAUUUAUCAUAAUGAUCCACAGGAACCUCGAGAUAGCUUGGAUUUUGUCCUAAAAUCUCAAUAUGAUCACCAUAAUGAAUUUCUUAGGGCAAGACAUGAAACAAUGUAUCAGCCAGAGACUUAUACUGAUGACCAUGGUCGCAUCUUGAAAAACAGAGUGAAAGAAGUGCCUGUUGUACCACCAAAGAUGGGUCAUCCUAUAGAAAUAUCUGUCCAGAAGAAAAGAGAAAGCAUUCAUAGUAUUAAAAAUGCAAUUGAGUCUCACCAUACACAGACAACAAACCAUGGCUACUCUAGAAAACCUGACGGUGGAUUUUUCUCAUCAUAAUUAUGUUUGUUCAAUGUGUUAAAAUGGUCUCUCUAGGUCACCUCUGUACUCCUGCUACCUGUGAGUGUCACCAUGGAAAUUUGGUGGCAGUACAAUCUACAACCUGUGAUAAGACUUCCUCUUUAAAGGGAGAUACCUCCUGAUUAAUAUCAAUAUAAAUGUUGAAAUAAGAAAAAAAUGUUUUUAAUGCUUAGCAAUGAAUUAUAAAAUUGUACUACUAUUUAGUAGAUAAAUGCAUAACUGUUAUACAGUAGAAUACCUCAUAAAUUGUUUUUCUCUACUGCAUUUCUAUUCUUUUUUUUAUCAUGGUUUUUUUUUAGAAUAAGUACAUGUACAUACAUUUUUAAGUGAACAAAAUAAUUUUUAAGAUCAAAAUACAAUGAUUUAGAAAAGGGCAUCAUUUUGCAUGUACUAGAUGAUUUUAAAGUAUUCUUAAUUUGGAAAAGUAUUCUUAAUUUGGAGGUAUUUAACUUUAAAGUUUUUUUGUUUCAUGUAUAUAUUGUUUAGACACUUGUGAGAAGAAUGUAUAAUCUUUUGUUAAAUGAUACUGUGUAACUGGUAUUCAUUGCUAGUGUAAUGUAUACUGAUUAACUGAAUGCAUUAUUUUUUUUAUUUUUAUGUUAAAAGCAAUGACUAAAUUUUUUGUUUAAUCAAAAACAAACAUAUCUAUUAAAUCACGAAAUAAAAUUAACGUUGAAGUUCAGAACAGUAUUAGAAAAUAAACCACAUUUUAAUCUUAAUUUAUGAGAAUUUAAAAAAGAAAUAUAAAAAUGUUGUUGUUGUUUUUAUAUAGAAUUUUAUACCUUUAUAUGUUAACAUUUUUUUAUAAAUUUUAUAUCAUUUUUAUCUAAAUAUCUUAUGCAGGAUAUCUCAGAUCAUUUUGAAUUAAUGGCAAGAAUUUGUAAUAGAUCAGCUAUUGUUUUAUCAUUAGUAUUAACAAAUAUACCCAUAUAUAUAGUAUUAUGCAAGAUAUACAAAGAAAAUAUUUACUAAGACUUAAGUUUCCAAGCAGUAUUAGCAUUUUGCUGACUAAAUCAUGUUUUAAAAUUGUGAUAAUUUUUACAGUUUUUUUUCUCUUAAAAAUCAAGAAUAGAACUUUGAAUUCUUUUAUUUUGUAUGCCUUUCAGUUAUGUAUUUUAUCAGAAUUGUCAGAAUGUUUGGAGUACUGUUGAAUUUUUAUUUAUUUAUUUACUAGCUUAAUACUUUGUUAAUUAAUAAGCCUAAAGUAUUACCAAUUAAAAUUGUUAUCUUAAACAUAAGUAAAUCUUACAAUAUUAAGUACUAUUUAGUAUAACUUUAUAUGUAGCGAUAAUCCUGCCAGACAUUGGAAAACUUGUGUCAUACAAGUGAUGUGAUGUGUUACCUUGAAGUUGUAAUCAUUCUUUAAGAGGAACCAGCUGUCAAAUACUGUGAGGAAAGAGUGUAAAGCUCCGGGAACCAAUGUGGACAUUCUCACCAUAUUACAUGUAUAGCACACAAAUUUAUUAACAACUUUUGCAUGAAUUUAAUCAUUAUAAUUUUUACUAACUGUGUGACCUAGCAGUUUUAUUUUUCAUACCUAGUGCAUUAUGAUAUAACCAGAUAGUGUUGAGAUUAAGCAUUUCAUUUUGUAGACUGAUGAUAUGAAGAGAAAGUUCAAAUAUAUAUAUUUAAGUACCAUAUAUUCAGAAAUAGGCUAAAACUACUAGAUUGUGAAGAAAACCCCCUACUAACUGCAUGCUGCCCCACCCCCUUGAUGUUGUACCGCACGUGAUGUAUUUAUUUUUAUGUUGUAUUUAACAGAUGGUGAAGGGAUUUAGAAUAAAUUGUUGUUGUUGUUGAUGUUGUUAUACUAACUGCAUGCUAUCCCUGUGUUGUUUUGUUUUUUUAGAAGCUUGAAUCCAGCACGGUCAUUUGCAUAACUGCCCCAAGAGCUAGUGCUAACUUAAUUGCAUUUUAUUUCAGUGUUGUUAGUUGUUGAAUGUUGUUUUUGUAUUUGGAAAGGUGUUUUAGAUGUGAAAUAUUAGUUAGUCUUUGUGUUGCUUCAUACUAACAAUCAGAAUACGCUUUGUCUGGUUAAACAGAGACCGUUCAUGGUUCAUCGGAAGCAGACAGUAGUGGUAUUCUGCGCACGCAUAUUAGUUAGAUCUUUGCACGUGCUAUACAUGUCAGUUGCCCGGAUGUUAACACCAUCUUUGUCACUUCUAUAUUCUCAGAGAGCCCUCACAGUGCUGGCACCAACGGCGGUUACUCAAGGAAACACGAUGGCGGAUUUUAUUGUACUUAAUUUUAUACAAUUUAAAUACCAUAUGUUUUGGUUUCAAAAACGAUCAACAUGUUUACGAAUAUUUCUACACGUUUUUAUUUGUAUUAAAGUUUCAGUAUUUCACUAUAAAUCAAAAUAUUUUAUGCAUGAUAUACACUUGACAGCAUUAUUAUUGUUACCAAAAUGUUCGCUUUAUUCACUUUUUGUACUUCUGUGAUCUUUUGUAUUUGUGAUAUUUAACCACUUUUUUAUAAGGCUGUACAAAAGAUUUUUUCUUCAAAAUCAUGAUACCGUAUUGAACUUUUAUGAACGAAAAUAAAAUUUUAUCUUUUGUUGUA